AAUGCAACAGCAACAACGUCGAAUGUUCACAGCUGCCCUCCUGGCACUCGUUUUCAUUCUGGCAGCUGUGAGUACCACCGAGGCUGGCAAAAAAGAGAAACCAGAGAAAAAGGCAAAGAAGUCUGACUGUGGGGAAUGGCAGUGGAGCGUCUGUGUGCCCACCAGCGGUGACUGUGGCCUGGGGACGCGCGAAGGCACUCGCACUGGAGCUGAGUGCAAACAAACCACCAAGACUCAGAAGUGUAAGAUUCCCUGCAACUGGAAGAAGCAAUUUGGAGCGGAGUGCAAAUACCAGUUCCAGGCCUGGGGAGAAUGUGACUUGAAUACUGCCCUGAAGACUCGAACCGGAAACCUAAAGAGAGCCCUCCACAAUGCUGACUGCCAGAAGACUGUCACAAUCUCAAAGCCCUGUGGGAAGCUUACCAAACCCAAACCUCAAGAAUCCAAGAAGAAGAAAAAGGAAGGCAAGAAACAAGAGAAGAUGCUGGAUUAAUGGGGCCAACUUCGGCAAUGUGAGAAAGGGACAUCAGCAAACACGAUCAGUUAACAGUUUCAUUUAUACCUAGGCGUUUUAUCCUAAAAUUAUUUAUAGCUUAAUGGUACCAUAGAAGGAAACAAACAAACACA